AUGUUGAAAUUACACUUCGUCGUUCUUUUGCUCUUUAUUUCACCUUUCAUUCUUCAUCAAACUUUGGCGCGUCCAACUGGUAUUGGAUUCAACCGUUACGAUUCAAGCAGUGCUACUCUAUCAAACAUGAGAAUGUCAAGAAGAGGCGAAGAAGAGGGCGCAAAGGGCCAUGAAAAAUCAGAUUGCCCCGAGAAGGAAGAACAGAAAGAAGGCCAAGGAAAACCUGAAAGCAAAGAAGAACACGGUCCAGAGAAAACACCGGAAGGAGAAAAAGAAAAACCAUGCCCCGAAAAGAAGGAAGGCGCAGAGGCAGGCUCUCAGGAACAUAGCCCGGAUAAAAAACCCAAAGGAGAGCAAGAAAAACCAUGCCCCGAAAAGAAAGAAGGCGCAGAGGGAGGAUCCGAACAAAGUCCGGAGAAAAAACCUGAUUGCAAAGAAGGUGAAGGAAAACCCGAGCAUGAAGAGAAGAAAGAAGGAUCGGAGAAACCAGAAAAGAAAGGACCAGAAGAACCAUGUGAGAAGCAAGAAGGAGAGCACAAACCAAAACAUUAG